CAUUUAAAUCAAGCGGUAUUGAAAUGGAUUGGGUUAUGAAACAUAAUGGUCCAAAUGACGCUAGUGAUGGGACAGUGCGACUUCGUGGACUGCCAUUUGGUUGCAGCAAAGAGGAAAUAGUUCAGUUCUUUCAAGGGUUGGAAAUCGUGCCAAAUGGGAUAACAUUGACGAUGGACUACCAGGGGAGAAGCACAGGGGAGGCCUUCGUGCAGUUUGCUUCAAAGGAGAUAGCAGAAAAUGCUCUGGGGAAACACAAGGAAAGAAUAGGGCACAGGUAUAUUGAGAUCUUCAGGAGUAGCAGGAGUGAAAUCAAAGGAUUUUAUGAUCCACCAAGAAGAUUGCUGGGACAGCGACCUGGACCAUAUGAUAGACCAAUAGGAGGAAGAGGGGGUUAUUAUGGAGCUGGGCGUGGAAGUAUGUAUGACAGAAUGCGACGAGGAGGUGAUGGAUAUGAUGGUGGCUAUGGAGGUUUUGAUGACUAUGGUGGCUAUAAUAAUUACGGCUAUGGGAAUGAUGGCUUUGAUGACAGGAUGAGAGAUGGAAGAGGCAUGGGAGGACAUGGCUAUGGUGGAGCUGGUGAUGCAAGUUCAGGUUUCCAUGGUGGUCAUUUUGUGCACAUGAGAGGGCUGCCUUUUCGUGCGACUGAAAAUGAUAUUGCUAAUUUCUUCUCACCACUCAAUCCAAUACGCGUUCAUAUUGAUAUUGGAGCCGAUGGCAGAGCAACAGGAGAGGCAGAUGUAGAGUUUGUGACACAUGAAGAUGCAGUGGCUGCCAUGUCUAAAGAUAAAAACAACAUGCAACAUCGAUACAUUGAACUCUUCUUGAAUUCCACCCCUGGAGGUGGCUCUGGAAUGGGAGGUUCUGGAAUGGGAGGCUAUGGCAGAGAUGGAAUGGAUAAUCAAGGAGGCUACGGAUCUGUUGGGAGGAUGGGAAUGGGGAACAGCUACAGUGGAGGCUAUGGUGCUCCUGAUGGCUUGGGAGGCUAUGGUCGUGGUGGUGGAGGCAGUGGAGGUUACUAUGGGCAAGGUGGAAUGAGUGGAGGUGGAUGGCGUGGGAUGUACUGACAACACCACCCCAACGUACACGUCCUAACACCGGCUCUACUAGACUUUCUUACAAAUUUCUUUUGUAUUUCAAGAACUUUAUAAUGACUGAAGGAAUGUGUUUUCAAGAUAUUAUUUGGUAAAACAACAAACUGUGAUGGGAAAAUCUGUUUUCUGUAGGUUUUAUUUGUUGCAUACUUUGACUUAAAAUAAAUUUUUAUAUUCAAACCACUGAUGUUGCUACUUUUUAUAUAUAGGUACUCCUAAAGAUGUGCUGCCUUCGUAAGAUUUGGGAUGAUGUAUUUUACUGUUAGCAUAGGGCAGUGUUAGAGGGCAAGACUGCAAGUAGGCAUCUGGGAUAGCGCUAACUUUCACUCCUGGACAUAUGUAAAUAAAAGCCUAAAGAUAGAUCUAGGGGGUUCAAGAAUAUAAGUUAGUAUUCUCUUUUCAGUCUUGUUUAUCAAGCAUAGCUCUGAAUAAUUUAAGAGGUAUCUGGAUUCUAAAUAUUCACAAUUGUAUUAUGAACGGGGGAGGGAGGUAGGAGUAUUGAAAUUAUAGCUUGAGAUUUUAAAACCCUCAUAGCACUUGACUAAGAUACCAAAAAUGUUCCCAAAACUUGAGUCUGUCGGAGUAGUUUGAGUAUUUUCAGUUUCUCACCUAAGAAAAUAGGGUCUUCAAUGGUGUAAAUGACAUUUAAGAAAAUGUAAAACAAUGCUGUAGCUGGUUUUGUGUCUGAAACUGGCUUUGAGUAGUUAAGUGCUCUGUAUAACAAAGGAAAGGUGCUUUCUACUAAUCUUUUAUCACUUUGGUCAAUAAGACAUUUUCCCUAAAUUGGC